AUGUCGUCCAGUGAGAUAUAUCGCUACUAUUACAAGACCACGGAGGAUCUGCAGGGCUUCAAGCCCGGCGCAGUGGAGCCAUACUUUAAUCCCAUGGCUGCCUAUAAUCCGGGCGUGACGCACUAUCAGAUCAAUUGCAAUUCGCUGGCUAGCUCCAGCAACUAUUUGUCUGCCAAUGGGUUCAUCAGCUUCGAACAGGCCAGCUCUGAUGGCUGGAUCACCUCAUCUCCGGCCAGCCAUCGCUCCGAGAGUCCCGAGUAUGUUGAUCUGAACACUAUCUACAAUAAUGGCUGCAACGGCAUGCCACACGCGCAACAGUUCCCACUGACGUUGGAGCAGCCGGCGCCAGCUGUGGCAGCGCCUGCUCCACAGCCAGCUUUAGAGAUUAUGGGCUCACCUAAUGUGGGUACAUGCAAGACGGUGCCAGCAGUCGCGCCAGCCACAAAACCUAAACGGAGCUAUACGCGCAAAAACCAGCAAGCGGCAGCUCCAGUUACUGACACUCUAAACGCCUCCAACUCAGCUCCGCCUGCGACACAGUGCAACAACUCCAAUGUCCAGCUCUAUACCGAGGACUUCCAGAGUUUUGACUUCGACAAUUCCGCUCUGUUUGACGACAGCGUGGAAGAUGACGAUGAUAUGAUGCUCGACUUUGACGAUGAUUUCGAUGGUGAGGGCAACGAUGGCUCCUUUGACCUGGGCGAUGGCGACAGCGAGGAUGCAGCGGGCAAUCCCAACGUACCAACAGCCGGCACCGGAAAGAAGCGUCGCAACAAGCAAAUCUCGCCAGUCGUCAAACGUAAACGUCGCCUGGCAGCAAAUGCUCGUGAACGUCGCCGCAUGCAAAAUCUCAACCAAGCCUUCGAUCGACUGCGUCAGUAUCUGCCCUGUCUGGGCAACGAUCGACAACUGUCCAAGCAUGAGACCCUCCAAAUGGCCCAGACCUACAUCUCUGCCCUGGGCGAUCUGUUGCGCUAA